CACCGCUCCUAGAGCGCGCUGUCACGGAAUUAGGGACCGGGACGGAAGACUCGCUGCGCGCACGCCAGCGGUUCACCCGUUACCCUGCUCCCCGCAUCCCCGGUCCCGGAAUGUUCUGGCGUCAAGGAGGCCGCGGUCCCGCCCCCUCGUCGCCCCGCCCCUCGCACUCCCGGUCGGGGGCGGAGCGAGGAGCUGCGCAAGCGCCGUGACGUAUGCCAGGGCAGUUGCUCUAGGGACCGCUCCGCGAUCCUCCAGCAUGACUCCGAGCCCCGCGCGGUGUCCUGGGAACAGCCAAGCCCAGCUCCCGACGUCCACCUCCAAUUCCAGGUAUUUGCCAAUGCGGGCCUCCUGCUGGGGAAUUCACCCCAGUCACGGCUGCGGAGCUGUGGCUGUCGCCUCUUUCUGCAGCGCCAGGCUGUGCCUGGCCUCAAAGUCGAGUGCUCCUAGGUGCACUACGGUUAGUGGAAACACCCCCUCACGGAGACUUUAGACGCUGACCUGCAGAAGAUGCAUUUUCUGUACUUCUCUAUGGCAGGAAGUCAUUACGCAACUGACACAUUUUCAUCAGAUUUCCUCUGAUUUACUGUGAAGUGUAUGUGAGAAUGAUGUGCACUGCCAAGAAAUGUGGAAUUAGGUUCCAGCCUCCGGCUGUUAUCUUAAUCUAUGAGAAUGAAAUGAAGGGGAAAAGUCGCCAGCGCAUCAUGCCAGUCCGAAACUUUUCAAAGUAUUCAGAUUGCAGCAGAGCUGCUGAACAAUUAAAGAAUAAUCCACGACACAAGGGUUACCUGGAACAGGUAUCCCUGAAGCAACUAGAGAAGUUAUUCAGUUUUUUACGAGGUUACUUGUGGGGGCAGAGUUUGGCAGAAACAAUGGAACAAAUUCAGCGGGAAACAACCAUUGAUCCUGAGGAAGACCUGAACAAACUAGAUGACAAGGAACUUGCCAAAAGGAAGAGCAUCAUGGAUGAACUUUUUGAGAAAAAUCAGAAGAAGAAGGAUGAUCCAAAUUUUGUUUAUGACAUUGAAGUGGAGUUCCCACAGGACGAACAGCUACAGUCCUGUGGCUGGGACACAGAGUCAGCUGACGAGUCCUGAUAACCAAAAACUAAAACAAAAAUUAUUGGGUAGUAGAAAAUCCAUGUUUAUACAAGACCAUAGAUUGGUUGUAGAAAAAUCUGUAAAGAACACUAUGCAUAUUGGUUCACGUUUGGAUUGACCAUGUUACUUUUCAAAACAAAGAUAUGUAGAGCAUCUACUAUGUAGGUGCAUAUGGAAUAUAGGGAAAACAGAAUAUAGGAAUCUGCCUUUAAGGAGCUUACAGUCUAAUUGGAAGAUAAGUCAAAAGCUUAUGAAAAGCUAGUUUAAUGGUAUUAGGCAGCAUUAGAUCCAAAUGCUUGAUAAAGGCUAGAGAGGAUCAGAACCUAGAUUACGGUAGGGUAGAAUAGUCAGGGAGGACUUUGUCCUUCAGUGGCAAGAUGGUACUUUGCCUGGCCCUUGAAAUGGUAGUAUUUGGAUAGAAGUUUAUAUAGGACUCCAGAUUAAACUGGGAGGAAAAAAAGGGGGAUGUUGCAGGGGAUUGGUAAAGAGAUAGGAAUUAGAACGUUUUAUUUGAGGAACAGUAAGCAAAUUAUAGUUUGAUAAGAUCAGAGGGCAUAUAUGGUUGCCAGGGGAUUAUCCUUUAUGCACUGUCUUUAUAUCUAUUUAACUCUGGAGUAGAAGAGUACCCCUGAAGAAUGCCCUGCAGCUUCAAGUGGAUGUAAUCUGAUGGAUAGCAGGGGAAUUCUGCCCCAUGCCCCUGUCCCAGUAUCAGGAAAUAUGUACUAAAGACAUUCUGAAACCCUGAACCUCUUCCCAUAAAUAAGAGGUUUGUUUGUAAAAUGGGAAAUCUACCCAUAAUAAAUGAACAUAUGUACGGCCAGUUUAGGCCUAUUCAUGAGUUUGUAUCUCCAAAGAGAAGAUCUUUGUUGAACAAGGUUAUAUAUGUACAGAUAUAUCUUUCUUCAUAUUAGAAUAUUAUUUAAUUGGUAGAAAUCCUGUUUUCUGCAAGGAAAUUAAUACCCAUUAAAUAAAGCUAUAAAAGUUACUCAUUCUUUCCACCUGUCCAUCCCUACUCUCUUUACCAUUAAAAGCCUCAUUAAAGAGAUCAUUCUUAUAGUGAUAUCACCAAGGACUUAAGAUGGCCAUGUCUCAAAUGUAUAUUUGUCAAAGGUAGCAAACCAAUUUUCAGAACUGGAGAUCCUUCCAUAACUACAUACUAUUUCACUGUAUAGAUGUAGAUGAUACAUUU